GCGACCCCGCCGCUGCCGGCACCUCACCGGCGGAGGGAGGGGGCUCCGCACUGCUGCUGCUGCUGGUGCCGUGCUCGAUGCACCCAUGGACAGCAUCGCCCGGGUGUUCACCGUCGGUAACGGCUGUAAGGCCGUCCGGUACGACGACGAGACUACCGUCGAGCGAGUGCUACAAGUUGUUUUGCAAGGAAUUGGUAUCGCGACCGUUGCUCAUGCUCAUUUUGCGCUCCGGCUAAUAUCUGGAACAUCCCCGAGCAACUCUGGCGAUUACGUAUGGUUGCAUCCUUCUUUGCUCGUCUCAAAUCUUCGAGUGGUUUACGCUCGAUUUCUCCCUUCCACUUCCAUCUCACAAGAACUUCGGUUCGAACUACGCCUUCGGUUUAUCCCUCAGUCGGCCUAUGAACUUCUGUUGACCGAAUCAAACGCCUUCUUCUACCUCAAUGAACAGGUCUUUGAAGACUUUCUCAGUCAUGUGGCUUGGAAGGUUAGUCAGGAAGCUGCACUUGAACUUGCUGCCCUGAAGGUUUGCCGAGAUUGUAUAGAAAAACAAGCCAGAUCAUGCUUGGAUCAUCGAAUUGACAUCGAUGCAAUUGAUUUGGAAGCUGCUAUGCAGGCAUUUAUUCCAAAAACGGUGUUGUGUACGGGAACUACAAAGCCGUCAACCUUGAGACGACAAUUCGUGCAGCUGUUGAAGAAAUUCGCACCACUUCCGGCCACGGAAUCUGUGCUUCGCUCGCUCUCCAUCCUUAUUGAUAUAGUCAAAUUCGACGUUGAAGUCUUCAAAGCUAGUAUGGGGGUUGGUUGGGCAUCACCGGUCGAUUUAUUGGUAGGUCCAGAAGUUGGUUUGUCUUAUAGGAUAAAUGAACGAUGUGAGAUAACUCGAUUGGCAGAAUUACGGUCCAUACUAGAAAUCACUAUCAAGAGAAUGGAGCAAAGCACUGAUAAAGCCAUUGUACAGUUGAAAAUCUCUGGUAACGCUCAACCCAUGUUGAUCACAGUGGCCACCCAAGACAUCGCCGAGUCUCUAGCGCAUCUUAUCGAUGGUUACCAGAUGAUGUAUAAUCAAGGAAGUUCCGUGUACCGGAUGAAGGGCCUUGAACGAUGUGAAAGUGUUGAUUUGCGAACCAGUACUUCUCACCGACCGCAUAGCACAAACUCUGCAGUGAAUCAUGACCUCCGGAUACGAAGGGAACAUGUUACGCUGAAGGAGCUGAUUGGUGGGGGACAGUUCGGAAAUGUCUAUAGAGGCACUUUUGCUGACCCGGGUGGACCUUCCAUGACCGUAGCUGUCAAGGUGUGUAAGAUGGAGAACGAACCGACAGACACUCAGCUGAUAUUGCAAGAAUCUCAUUUAAUGAAGAAUCUGCAGCACGAGAACAUAAUCUCUUUGAUUGGUGUUUGUAUGGAUGCGCCGAUGUGGCUUGUUAUGGAGUUAGCACCUUUGGGCGAGGUUAGAGACAUAGCGGCAAGGAAUGUGCUAGUGUCUACUCCAAAAUGCGUAAAACUGACAGACUUUGGCCUCAGCCGGGCUCUUGACUACGAUGCGAUCUAUACGGCAUCUAGAGGAAAACUCCCUAUCAAGUGGCUCGCCCCAGAGUCGAUCAAUUAUCGGGAAUUUAGCAUGGCCUCUGAUAUCUGGAUGUACGGUGUCUGUGUCUGGGAAAUCCUUUCCUGGGGAGCGAAGCCUUGGCAAGGUGUCCCUAAUGCUGAUGUGAUCACCAAAGUGGAAGCAGGAACACGUCUUGCUUGCCCAGAUGCCUGCCCCAAAGUCCUAUACCACUACCUGGAGUUUACGGUAUGGUCUCUGCAACCUGCCAAGCGGCCAACUGCCAAGGAAAUUGUAUCCAUAAUGGAGUCAAUACAUGAGCAGCUGAAAAAACACACCCCACCAGAGGAAAUACACUUAGCCCGUCCCACUCAGAAUGUACCCGUGCUUCUAACCAACAUAACUGCGCUGCCGAAUCUGACCCUCUGGAGGACAUUGGAACAGCAGAAGAGGCAAGGUGAAGAAGACGACAAAUGGUUGGACGAACAGGAAGACCUCACAGCUUACGACCCUACCGAAGAAGUGGAACGUGCUCACAAUGGAUUUGCAUCAACAAGUGGAACAACUCCUAAUGGUUCGAUUAACGGUAGACAGAGCAACGGGAGGCAAUCUCCAAGUCUCACAAGUGUGUGCCGCGCUGUAACUGCUGUCACUGAGGCUGUAGAUCGCUUAUGUAACACUUUCAACGUCAACAUGAAGCACGACGACUUCGUUUCUAGUAUCAGAGACAUCACUUCGAAAUUGCGGGAAAUGUUCGCAGAGUCGACGGAUGUGCUGGGGCAAAUGCCUGAGGAGAAGAGAAAAGAGGUGGAAAUGAGCGAAGCUUUGAUUGGAAAUGACAUGCGACAAAUGGGUAAAGUUGUACAGCAAGUCGUUGAAAGUACAAAUAAUCCGUCCUACCACGUUUAUCGUCGCGAAGUCGUACGGAUAGCUAAGGAGUUGUCUGUUAACUGUACAAACUUUCUUGCACUAUUCGAAAAUCGGAAUAAAACAAAGUUGCCCGAUUUUCGAGCUGUUCUUUCAGACUGUUAGUUGUCUCACUCGUUGAUGCUCAUUGAAUUUUGUGAUACAUUGCAAUUUCUCUACAGAGUCACCGCUUUUUAUGAUCUGCCUGUGUAUUUUUGUGAUAAUAUUUGGUUUUCAAUGGCUAGUAAAGAAUGCCUUUGUUGCUUUAGAAGAUUGGAAUGGGUCAGUAUUUGCAAUGUCACUCUACUUAGUCACAAUCUCUGUAGUAUGUUCUCGAGCAAUGCAUUUGUUGUCUUGACAUGGAUAUCCCUCAAUACAGGUUGUUGUUGAUUUUGAUCAUAUAAAUUUGUGAGAACGCU